AUCGGCGGUUUUAAAUCUUGAUGUAAUAUCCUUACGGCGCAAUUCCUGAAAUGACAUGACUGUGAAGGAUACUGUGGUGUUGGACGUUACAUUUUUGGCGUUUAAUUUGUUGAAUGUAUCAUUUAUCUUAAUGCAGCCCUUGUGUUGUACCCUGUGAUCAUUCAUUUGCGAAGGACACACAAGAAGAACUUCAUAACGACAACAACAGAUUUUAAUUCAUCCUACUUCGGCAUUGGUGUGUGUUUGGAGAGCUUCUUUUCACAGAUUUGAGGUCGAAAAUCAUCGAGUUCAAACUCUAACCUGCCCUCCUGGAUGAAUGAAUGAUUUUAAUUCGUAUCCUUCAAAUUCGGACUGAUUCUAAUAAAUUUAUUUUCGAAACUAUAAAAAAUCGAUAGAGAUUGGUACAGCAAGUUGCGAUAACCCCCAAACCGAAAGAUAUGGCAUCGUUGAAAGUUGCAGUUCGUGCUCGACCAUURAACAAGAGAGAAUUGGAUUUGAACUCGAAAUGUAUUCUUGAAAUGGAAGGAAACAAGACAACGAUCUAUAAUACUAAGCUUUAUGGCGAUGUUGGCUCAGAAGGAGAUAAAAGCAGGGAAAUGAAGAAAGAGUUUUUCUAUGACUAUUCCUACUGGUCUGUUAAUCCUAAAGAUCACCAUUUUAUCGAACAAGAAACAAUUUUUGAUGACCUUGGUAGAGUUGUAUUGAAAUCGGCCUUUGAAGGAUACAAUGCUUGCGUGUUUGCAUAUGGACAGACUAGUGCUGGGAAAACUUACACCAUGAUGGGAAAUAAUGAUAAUGUUGGUCUUAUCCCACGAAUAUGCAAGGGUUUGUUUGGAUACAUUACCAAGAACUCAUCAAACAGGAUAUCUUUCCGAACUGAAGUCAGCUAUAUGGAAAUCUACAAUGAGCAUGUACGGGAUUUGUUAAGACCACAAAAUCUCAGAAAACGGCCCCAGCAAAACCUCAAAGUGCGAGAGCAUCCAAAAGAAGGACCAUAUGUUGAAGGUUUAACCAAGCAGCAUGUGUCUGAUAACGAUUCAAUCGAAGUCCUUAUUGAACAAGGAAAUCGGCAAAGGUCAACAGCAUCGACGAAGAUGAACGAAAUGAGUAGCCGAUCACAUGCCAUUUUCACCAUCAAAUUCACACAGGCCAAGUUUCUGGAAAACCUACCCUCGGAAACCAUCAGUAAAAUCCAUUUGGUAGACUUAGCAGGAAGUGAGCGAGCAAGCGCAAGCGGUGCUACAGGGGAUCGCUUAAAAGAAGGCAGUAACAUCAACAGAUCCCUGGUUACAUUAGGGAUAGUUAUAUCUACAUUAGCUGAAAACUCUCUCAACGAGGUAGAAGGAUCCAAGCGAUUAGCGUUCAGGAAGAAACUCUUUGUUCCUUACCGUGACUCCGUGUUAACUUUCCUUCUUAAAGACAGUCUUGGCGGGAACUCAAAGACCGUAAUGUUAGCAGCUGUAUCUCCAGCAGAAUGCAACUACGGCGAAACACUGAGUACUUUACGUUAUGCACAAAGAGCCAAAAACAUUAUUAACAGGCCAACAGUAAACGAGGAUCCAAAUGUCAAACUGAUUCGAGAUCUCAGAGCUGAAAUCGAGAGAUUGAAAUCCAAACUAACGGAAUCAAACAUUACGAAAUURAAAGACUCCGACGAAUCAAACACAAAUCAAAAGAUUCACGACAAAGAAGCUAAAGUAGAGAAAUUGACUAAGGACUGGACCGAGAAGUGGAAAGAGGCCAAGAUGAUAAUGCAGGAAAGCGAGCUUGCGUUGCGUCGUCAAGGCUCAUGUGUUCUCAUCGAUCUCGAGCUGCCACAUCUUGUACGUCUUGAAGAAGACCCAUUGAAAACAGAGAUCAAGCUUUACAGACUAAUGCAUGGCAAGACUAACAUUGGACUAGAAGACGCACCAGUACCACAAGAUAUAGUUUUGGAGGGACAGGACAUCGAGAAACAGCAUUGCGUUGUGGAGUACGUCAAAGGAAGAGUGACUUUGGAUCCUCUUGCUUCUGCUUGCUGGAUUAACGGUGUCUCUCUUGUACAACCAACCAAGUUAAAUCAAGGUGACGUCAUUGUACUUGGUCAAACCAAUGUUUUCAAAUUCAACUUUCCAACCGAAGCUGCAAAACUAAGAGAACAAAGACGAUCAGGGCUGUUUGGAGCUGAGUCUUCUGAGUCUCUCCUUGGAUACCACAUGUCACCGAUUCGUGGUAGCCAUGGCGAUAUCAGUUCCAGAUCUGACGUAUCAUCGCCGUUUACUCUGGAUUCAGGGGUGGAGAUAGAUAUAGGAGAAGGCGUGGAUGAUCUAAAGAAUAACAUCACUGAUUUAAUAUCCAAACACAAGGAAGCCGAAGUACGUCGACUCGAAGUUGAACGAAACUACAGGGAAGAAAUUGAGAUGAAACAAAACGAGAUUGAAGCACAGAAAGAACAGAUUCAGCAAAUACGAUCUGCUCAUGACAAAAACUCCCGCAAAACUAGGGAAGAAUUACAUCAUGUACAAGAAAUGAUUGAGACUAAAAACGAACAAGACAAAAAUGCGAUUAAUUCAGAACUUGAAAAUUUGUUUGGACUUCGAAAGACCUUCAAUCUAGAAUACCCUGGACUUGAUGAAAAAGAAGAAAAGGAAAAGCAAGACUUGCAAUCAUUUAUGGAGGACGAAUGGGAUAAAGUUGAACAUUUUGAAAUCAAACUUGCAGAGAUUGAGUUAUCAAGAAGGAAGACUAUUGAUAAGGUUGCUCUUGAUGUUCAAAAACAAAAAGAACUGCUGGACUGGGAGAAGGACCAAGAACUACGAGACAUCGAAGAACAACAAGAAAACCUGCUUGAAUURCAACAGCAACUCAAAGCCUCGCAUGAGAAAGCCGAGAACGAAUUAAACAAGGUUAAACCAUCUCUUGAAAGGACAUUAAAUAAAGAAAGAGAAGAACUUGAACACUUAGAAAAGAAAAUUCAAGGUCUUGGUGGAAAUAAGAAAAAACUGGAAGAAACUUUAGAUGUUGAAAUGGCAGAAGAGGAAGAGGAUCUAAAUUCAGACGAGAGCCAACUUAAAGAUCAAAGAACUUUGACUAAUCUGUCUAACCUGUCCGCAAGUAUGGACAGCUAUCAAGAGGAAAAAGGCUCGCCUGAUAACAGAUUUAAGCAAGAAGAAAGGAGGUUGAGUAAUUUAGACGACGAAGUUCAACGAUUAGAGCUUUUGAAAAGCGAGAAAACCAAAAUCGUGACAGAAAGCCAACUUGCGUUAUUGGAAAGAAUGAACAGUCUAGAGUUGUAUCGGGUCAAAAUCCAAGAAAACGAGGARAAGUUAUGCGAACUAGAAACCAUUUUCAAACAGAGGGAAGAAAAACAUCACGAAAAGAUUGGUUUAUGUCUUGAGAACAUGCGAGAAGAAAAUGAUUCCCAGAUGACUGGGUUUCAAAUCGAACGAGAAAAAUACCUCGAAAUGUUAUGGACUGAAUAUGAAGAAAUCGAUAAAACUGUUGCAGACUCUUGUCUUGGUCUAGAGAUACCAGAAACCGAACAGAAGAAGAAGUGGGAGGAAGCUUUAUCGUUAAAAAGGAAAGUUGUUGUUGAUCUUGUGAAGAAUAAGUUUGAACACAUUGGUUCACUUCAAGAUGGGCUUUUCCUUGACUGUCUCUCCAAAAGACUCAGGCUUGAACAAGACGAGGAACGAGUUCUCGACCAAGAAAGAAAGAUUUCUGAUGAAAUACGAGGAUCAAUGAAAGACAAAGAACUGGCCAUUACUAAACUAUCAGCACAGAAAGACAAGUUUCACAUUGAACGAGAAAGGGAGCGAAAGUUGAUCAAAUCACGCUUAAAAAGAAUGUCAAAACUCAAGUCAUAUGACGAUUUGCAAAGUGAAGAAACGAUAGAAUUCUUGCGAGAAGAAACUAAGAAACUUCAAGAGACUUUUGAGAAAGUAGAGGAAGUAGAAAGCAGGUUAUUAUCUGAAACAAGAGAAAAAGAGGUCCUUUUGUUGCAACUUGAUGAAGUUCGCACCAGACUCCUUACAAGCGAAGAUGAACGCGAAGAACUGGAGACAACGUUACAAGAUGUGAUGAAAGAAAAGGAAAAUAAAGAAAAGUUGAUCGAGGAACUCAAAAGAAUUGCCGAAGAAGAAAAGAAGAAAUACCAAGAAAACCUCACAACUGAAGAUUAUGAAAUUGUAGAAAGACCUUUAGUCAAUCGUCUUCACAUCAGAUAUCGUGUCAUCGGCAAUCAUGCCGCUGCAGAGCUUCUAAAAGAGGCUCUUCUCGCUUCUAGUGUACCAGAGAUUGUACGCAUGUUUCCAAGCACUGGUCCUGUACAUGGACGUGAAUCCAACCAUGGUGGCUGGACAUUCCACAGUUUUCAGAAAGAGGUCGCCAUACUAAGGAAACGGGAAGAGUUGCCUAAUGGAUUUAUUUACUGUUUUAUGGGGCGUGGUAUCAUAGAAGCAUCACCGAUGACAGUCUGGGAAGCAGUCCGAAACCCUCUUUCACGCUACAUCUACGAUAAUAUGCUCAAGAAAAUCAGCAUCGUAGAACACGUAGAAGAUGGACUCAAAGUUGUUUAUAUGCUUCAUGAAACAUCACAAUGCUUUAUGACACAUUCACGUGACUUUUGCUACGUUACCAAGGAACGCAUAGAGGGGCAAAAGUACGUCAUGGCAUCCCAGUCCAUCGAUCAUCCUAAGGCUCCCCCCGUCAAUGGGAUCAUUAGAGCACAGAUUUUAUCAAGUGGUUGGAUUGUAGAACCUUUAGAAAUAGACGGUAAAACAGGAUCUCUUGUUUGGUACAUCACUAAGGUUCACCUUGGCAACACAACAUUACCAUGGAGACUAAUAGACUUGCUUUCCAAGAGACAGCCAUUGAGCAUAGCUUAUCUCAGAAACUACCUCGCACCCAUGUGAGCGGGCCUAUCAUUCUAAGUGAAAAUACUGAUAAAACUAAAAGCGGUAAUUUUUCGUAAUGAACGUCGCUCACAUAUAUGGCCAUCUAAAGUACUAUAUUUUGUUUUAUAAUUUGAAAAAAAAUGUUAUUUAAGGCAACGUAAGUGUUUGUCUAUUUAAGUGAAAUCGAUAUUGUCMCAUUUAAUAAUAAAUGCAAAUAAUAUUUGAAACAACGAUAAUGAUAAAUAAAGWUUACUUAUUCAUC